AUUUUUGAUUUAAACGUAUUAUAGAUGAAUGAUAAAAAUUUCAUAAAAUGACUUGCUAUGAACGUUUAAAUGUUUACAUGGUUGUAUCGAGUAUUCGAUCGAUCCUGUUCUAUUAAUACUCCAUAUAUUUUAUACGCGCAGCUGCCGUGCACCUAUAGCGAGUCUAGAUUGCAUGGAAGAAUUCAACGGCGGAGGCGGUGGUGCCGGUGGUGGUGGCGGUGGCGGUGGCGGUGGCGGUGGUGGUACUGUGGAUUCUGGUAUACACUGCAGUAAUACCGCUGGAACGAAGGAACAGCUACUGACUAACUGCAUUGCCGCACAAGCGCAACGCUUACAGCAUCCUUCGCCAGGUAUUCGCUACCGCAACUUGGGCAAAAGCGGUCUACGUGUUUCCAAUGUUGGAUUAGGUACAUGGACAACUUUUGGCAUGGGAGGUUGCAGUAAUGAAGAAACAGCAGAAGCUGUAGUUGCCCUAGCUUACGAAAGUGGAAUAAAUGUGUUCGAUUUGAGCGAAGCCCAUAGCGGUCAUAGAGCAGAAAUUCAAUUUGGACGAAUUUUAUUACGUCGUGCUUGGAAUCGUUCAAGUUACGUUGUUACCACUAAAAUAUAUUGGAAUACGAAGUAAGUAUCGGUCAAAUUAUUACUGAAGUUAUAGAUAUGUAAAAAGUGUUAAUAUG